UCGCUCUGGUACUUCUCUUACAGUAGGAUAAUAAGAGACAAACUUGGACAUGUUUACUUAAACUGCUGCCCAAGACUAGUUGUUUUAGUUGAUGAUUUCCUUUCCAUUUUUCUUGAUUAUCGUUCUUGUUCUCAUGGUAUGGAAUUUGGAUCUCUUCUUAUCUUCACAGGAAGAAAUUGAGUCGCUUCGAGAAAUAGCGGAGAAGCUGAAGAGGGAGAAUUCUAAGCUCAAGAAUAAGAUAUUGCAGAUUUCUGAGGAAUGUCAGGAAGUCGGUGAAGAAAAUGAUUCCUUAAUGGAUGAGGUAGAGGGGAGAUACGGUGCAGAUGCAAUAUCUGACAUAAGAGCUAGAAAUCCUGCCUCUGCUAAUCAGGAAAGCCAUGGCGAUGGAGAAAGAACUUUAAGUGACAACAACUCAACUGAUGAUCGGAACGGAGAGAUGGAUCAAUAAGCCGCUCUGAUAGAAAUUUGCUUUUUCCAUGGGAACCUUUUCUGCUUUAUUUGCACAGC